CUCGCUGACCAUCCGUUCAGACUUCAAGAGAUUCCUGCUAUUCUCUGCGAUGAAGCUGAUCAAGACGACGGCAAGUACCACGGGUCCCGCCGGGCCCUCCAGAUGGGUUCAUCUCGAUCUUCUCGCGCACGACGGGCGACCGGGAGGUGACAAGCUUCUCCAGCCUGAAGACAUCUCUUUCGUCUUUGCCCUCCGGGGGGAUCCCGACAUUGUCCUCCUCGUGCAUGGUGCAGUUCGUUCCCCUCCUCCGAGCUCCACGCUACCACGCUCGCCUGCACUCCAGCGGUAGGCGCCAGUGUUCGGCGCUACUUCUCCGCCUGCUCAAGCUGCGGCAGCUGGGCGUGAUCAACGACGAGGCCACGCUCCGCAUGCUGUUCUCGAUUUCCAAGGCCCCGACAGCGUUCCCAGCUCUCAAAUGGCUCAAUCCCUGCGGGUUCAAGUAUAACAAACGCCACAUCGUACGCUGGAUGCGGCGGACGCGUCUGCACUCCCUUGCGUUGCGGCUUAUCCGGGUCCUCGAGUUCAGAGAGCAGCACGAUAUGGGCAUCAAGAUGCUCCGCCUUUCGGACGGGGCCUAACGCGACCAGCGCCAUUUGGAGGGGCUUGUGAAAGAGUCUGCAGUACGAGGAAGAACGACGACCAUCCCCAGGCAGCUUCAUUCUCCUCGUCCUCCGCACACAAGCCGCACCCGACCCCGUCGUCUUCCCCCGCAAGUGAAGAACUAGGACUUGCACUAGUCCCCGUUUUAAUAUCCCAGAGUCGUAUGGUGCUGUGGGACGUUGAAACGGGAGUUACCUCCUCGUCCUUCACACAGGUACCCCGUUCAGCAUCGCGCGCCUAUCCCCUGACGGCUCCGGAGUUUUAGUCGACGGUGGCAAACAACUCGUUCAGCUGUAAGUGCCUCUCGUUAUUGAUACGCAGGCGUUAGGCUCAACUUCUCAGCAUUGAGUAACCACCUCAAGGGCUUCUGCACUGACCGCACAUAGUAGUGUAUUUAGAUCGCUGGCUGUAAUAUUAUUGUCUCUACUUCAAAAGCACCAC